CAUUUUCUUUCAAUUUUGAAUGCUACGGAUCAGUGAUUCGACCCGAAACUAUUCUCCAUCGACGUGAAGUCUAUGGAACCUAUUCUCCGCCUACGAUUAAGUCCAUUAGGCAACAAUUUGGGGGAAAUACUUUUAGGAUGAUAUUUUCGUAAAUUUUAGGGCGAUUUUUUUUUUCAAAGGUCCAUUUUACUUGGAUUUUGAAAGCUACAAAUCACAGAUUCGGCCUAAGAUUAUUCUUCAAGGAUGAUUAAGUCAAUUAAGCACCGAUUUGGGCAAAUUUAUUCCAGGUCAAUUUUUGUCAGAUUUCAAAGGGGUAUUAUCACAGAUUUCGAGUAAUUUUCCUGAAAUGACAUUUUCUUUAAAUUUUGAAGGCUACGGAUCACGGAUCGGGCCAGAGGUUAUUCUCCAUCGGUGGUGAAGUCUAUGGAUCCUGUUCUUCAUCGACGAUUAAGUUCAUUAAGCAACAAUUUGGGGAAUUACUUUUAGGAUGACAUUUACGUAAUUUUUUGUGCGAUUUUUUUUCGAAGGACAAUUUACUUGGAUUUUGAAGACUUUAGAUCGCAGAUUCGGGCCUAGACUAUUUUUCAAGUAUGAUUAAGUCGAUUAAGCACCGAUUUGGAAAGAUUUAUUCCGUGUCAAUUUUUGUCAGAUUCCAAAGGGGUACCAUCACAGAUUUCGGCCAAUUUUCCCGAAAUGCCAUUUUAUUUUGAUUUUGAAAUCUACGGAUCAUGGAUUCUACCAUGGGCUAUUCUCGACUGAUGGCGAAAUCUGUGGAUCCUGUUCUCCACCGACGAUUAAGUCCAUUAAGAAUCAUUUUGAGGGAAUUACUUUUUGAAUGACAUUUUCAUAAUUUUUUGGACGAUUUUUUUUUCUUCUAAAGGUCAUUUUAUUUGGAUUUUAAAGGCUACAGAUCACAUAUUCGGCCUGAGACUGUUCUUCAAGGAUGAUUAAGUCCAUUAAGCACCCAUUUGGGUAGAUUUAUUCCGGGUCAAUUUUUGUCAGAUUCCAAAGGGGUACCAUCACAGAUUUCAGGCGAUUUUAUCGAAAUGCCAUUUUCUUUCGAUUUUGAGUGCUAUGGAUCAGUGAUUCAGCUCGAGGCUAUUCUCCAUCGAUAGUGAAGUCUAUGGAACCUAUUCUCCGCCUACGAUUAAGUCCAUUAGGCAACAAUUUGGGGGAAAUACUUUUAGGAUGAUAUUUUCGUAAAUUUUAGGGCGAUUUUUUUUUUCAAAGGUCCAUUUUACUUGGAUUUUGAAAGCUACAAAUCACAGAUUCGGCCUAAGAUUAUUCUUCAAGGAUGAUUAAGUCAAUUAAGCACCGAUUUGGGCAAAUUUAUUCCAGGUCAAUUUUUGUCAGAUUUCAAAGGGGUAUUAUCACAGAUUUCGAGUAAUUUUCCUGAAAUGACAUUUUCUUUAAAUUUUGAAGGCUACGGAUCACGGAUCGGGCCAGAGGUUAUUCUCCAUCGGUGGUGAAGUCUAUGGAUCCUGUUCUUCAUCGACGAUUAAGUUCAUUAAGCAACAAUUUGGGGAAUUACUUUUAGGAUGACAUUUACGUAAUUUUUUGUGCUAUUUUUUUUCGAAGGACAAUUUUACUUGGAUUUUGAAGACUUUAGAUCGCAGAUUCGGGCCUAGACUAUUUUUCAAGUAUGAUUUAGUCGAUUAAGCACCGAUUUGGAAAGAUUUAUUCCGUGUCAAUUUUUGUCAGAUUCCAAAGGGGUACCAUCACAGAUUUCGGCCAAUUUUCCCGAAAUGCCAUUUUAUUUUGAUUUUGAAAUCUACGGAUCAUGGAUUCUACCAUGGGCUAUUCUCGACUGAUGGCGAAAUCUGUGGAUCCUGUUCUCCACCGACGAUUAAGUCCAUUAAGAAUCAUUUUGAGGGAAUUACUUUUUGAAUGACAUUUUCAUAAUUUUUUGGACGAUUUUUUUCUUCUUCUAAAGGUCAUUUUAUUUGGAUUUUAAAGGCUACAGAUCACAUAUUCGGCCUGAGACUGUUCUUCAAGGAUGAUUAAGUCCAUUAAUCACCCAUUUGGGUAGAUUUAUUCCGGGUCAAUUUUUGUCAGAUUCCAAAGGGGUACCAUCACAGAUUUCAGGCGAUUUUAUCGAAAUGCCAUUUUCUUUCGAUUUUGAGUGCUAUGGAUCAGUGAUUCAGCCCGAGGCUAUUCUCCAUCGAUAGUGAAGUCUAUGGAACCUAUUCUCCGCCUACGAUCAAGUCCAUUACGCAACAAUUUGGGGGAAUUACUUAUAUGAUGACAUUUCCGAAAAUUUUAGGGCGAUUUAUUUUUAAGGUCCAUUUUACUUGGAUUUUGAAGGCUACAAAUUCCAGAUUCGGCACCACCUGAGAUGCCAUUUUCUUUCGAUUUUGAAGGCUACGGAUCACAGAUUCAGCCCGAGGCUAUUCUCCACUGAUGGUGAAGUCUAUGGAUCCUGUUCUCCACCGAUGAUUAAAUCCCUUAAACAAAAAUUUGGGGGAAAUACUUUAAGAAUGACAUUUGUAAAUUUUUGGCGAUUUUUUUUUCGAAGGGCCAUUUUACUUGGAUUUUGAUGACUACAGAUCACAGAUUCGGCCUGAGACUAUUCUUCAAGGAUGAUUAAGUCCAUUAAGCUCCGAUUUGGGCGGAUUUAUUCAUAGUCAAUUUUUGCAAGAUUCCAAAGGGGUACCAUCACAGUUUUCGGGCGAUUUUCAAGAAAUGAAAAUAUCUUUUGAUUUUGAAGGCUACGGAUUCUGGAAUAGUCCCUUGUACCUACAGCACUCUCCAAAUAAAUGGUCUUGAGUCUCAAUCCUGCAAUCACAAUAAACACAAGCAGUGACCCCCUGAAAGCCCCAUCCAAUCAUUUUAUCACUUGUAGUGAUGAACUGAUUAAUUAUCAUCCAGCUAACAAACUGGUUUCGUGGUAUAAUAGGGGGUUUCCAGAUCAAUUUAAACCAAGAAAUCACAGAACUAUAAGGUCUGAGAUCUUCCCAGAUCAGUUUGGUAGAGAAUUUCUUCAGAGGCUUCCCUAUCUAGCAACCUUCACCAUCAAUAAUAGAAAGCUUUUGCCUGAUUGAGUCUCUUGUUUUGAGACUCAAUCAGACAAUUUUCAGGCAAUUUUCUCGAAAUACCAUUUUCUUUCGAUUUUAAAGUAUACUGAUCACAGAUUCUGCCUGAGGCUAUUCUCCACUGAUGAAAAGUCUAUGGAUCAUGUUGUCCACUGACGAUUAAGACAAUUAAGCAACAAUUUGGGGGAAUUACUUUUAGGAUUGCAUUUUCGUAAAUUUUUGGCCGAUUUUUAUCGAAGGGCCAUAUAACUUGGAUUUUUUAGUUUACAGAUCACAGAUUCGCCGUGAGACUAUUCUUCAAGGAUGAUUAAGUCCAUUAAGCACCGAUUUGUUUGGAUUUAUUCUGUGUCAAUUUUUGUCAGAUUCCAAAUGGGUACCAUCACAGAUUUCGGGCGCUUUCUCAAAAUGCCAUUUUCUUUCGAUUUUGAAGGCUACAGAUCACGGAUUCCGCCCGAGGCUAUUCUCCAUUGAUGGUGAAGUCUAUGGAUCCUGUUCUCCAUCGACGAUUAAGUCCAUUAAGCAACAAUUUGGGAGAAUUACUUUUAGGAUGGCAUUUUCGUAAUUUUUUGUGCAAUUUUUUUUCAAAGGGCCAUUUUACUUGGAUUUUGAAGGGUACAGAUCACAGAUUCUCCCUGAGACUGUUCUUCAAGGAUGAUUAAGUCCAUUAAGCACCCAUUUAGGCAGAUUUAUUCCGGGUCAAUUUUUGUCAGAUUCCAAAGGGGUACACCAUCACAGAUUUCAGGCGAUUUUCCCGAAAUGCCAUUUUCUUUCGAUUUUGAAGUAUAGUGAUAACGGAUUCUGCCUGAGGCUAUUCUCCACUGAUGGUGAAGUCUAUGGAUCCUGUUGUCCACCGACGAUUAAGACAAUUAAGCAACAAUUUGGGGGAAUUACUUUUAGGAUUGGAUUUUCGUAAUUUUUUGGCUGAUUUUUAUCGAAGGGCCAUUUAACUUGGAUUUUUAAGGCUACAGAUUACAUAUUCGUCGUGAGACUAUUCUUCAAGGAUGAUUAAGUCCAUUAAGAACCAUUUGCUUGGAUUUAUUCUGUGUCAAUUUUUGUCAGAUUCCAAAGGGGUACCAUCACAGAUUUCAGACGCUUUCUCGAAAUGCCAUUUUAUUUCGAUUUUGAAGGCUACAGAUCACGGAUUCCGCCCGAGGUUAUUCUCCACUGAUGUUGAUGUCUAUGGAUCCUGUUCUCCAUCGACGAUUAAGUCCAUUAAGCAACAAUUUUGGGGAAUUACUUUUAGGAUGGCAUUUUCGUAAUUUUUUUGCAAUUUUUUUCCGAAGGGCCAUUUUACUUGGAUUUUGAAGGGUACAGAUUGCAUAUUCGGCUUGAGACUGUUCUUCAAGGAUGAUUAAGUCCAUUAAGCACCCAUUUGGGCAGAUUUAUUCCGGGUCAAUUUUUGUCAUAUUCCAAAGGGGUACCAUCACAGAUUUCAGGGGAUUUUCCCGAAAUGCCAUUUUCUUUCGAUUUUGAAUGCGACGGAUCAGUGAUUCGGCCCGAGGCUAUUCUCCAUCGAUAGUGAAGUCUAUGGAACCUAUUCUCCGCCUACGAUCAAGUCCAUUAAGCAACAAUUUGGGGGAAUUACUUUUAGGAUGACAUUUUCGAAAAUUUUAGGGCAAAUUUUUUUUGAAGGUCCAUUUUACUUGGAUUUUGAAGGCUACAAACAGAUUCGGCCUAAGACUAUUCUUCAAGGAUGAUUAAGCCAAUUAAGCACCGAUUUGGGCGGAUUUAUUCCUGGUCAAUUUUUGUCAGAUUCCAAAGUGGUAUCAUCAUAGAUUUCGGGCAAUUUUUCCCGAAAUGACAUUUUCUUUCGAUUUUGAAGGCUAUGGAUCACAGAUCGGGCCAGAGGCUAUUCUCCAUCGGUGGUGAAGUCUAUGGAUCAUGUUCUCCACCGACGAUUAAGUCCAUUAAGCAACAAUUUGGAAAAUUACUUUUAGGAUGGCAUUUUCGUAAUUUUUUGGGUGAUUUUUUUUUGAAGGGCCAUUUUACUUGGAUUUUGAAAACUACAGAUCACUGAUUCGGCCUAAGACUAUUCUUCAAGGAUGAUUAAGUUCAUUAAGCACUAAUUUGGACGGAUUUAUUAGAGGUCAAUUUUUGUCAGAUUUGAAAGGGAUACCAUAAUAGAUUUCGGGCGAUUUUCCCAAAAUGACAUUUUCUUUCGAUUUUAAAGACUACGGAUCGGGCCGGAGGCUAUUCUUCACUGAUGGUGAAGUCUCUGGAUCUUGUUCCCCACCGACGAUUAACUCAAUUAAGCAAUAAUUUGGGCGAAUUACUCUUAGGAUGGCAUUUUCGUAAAUUAUUCGGCGAUUUUUUUUCCGAAUGACCUUUUUCUUGGAUUUUGAAUGCUACAGAUCACAGAUUUGGUCUGAGACUAUUCUUCAAGGAUGAUUAAGUCCAUUAAGCACCGAUUUGGGCGAAUUUAUUCUGGGUCAAUUUUUGUCAGAUUCCAAAGGGGUACCAUCACAGAUUUCGGGCGAUUUUCCCGAAAUGACAUUUUCUUGAGAUUUUGAAAGCUAUGGAUCACGGAUCGGCCAGAGGCUAUUCUCCAACGAUGGUGAUGUCUAUGGAUCCCGUUCUCCACCGACGAUUAAGUCCAUUAAAUAACAAUUUGAGGGAAUUACUUUUAGGAUGACAUUUUCAUAAUUUUUUGGGCGAUUUUUUUCGAAAGGCCAUUUUACUUGGAUUUUGAAGACUACAGAUCACAGAUUCACCCUGAGACUAUUUUUCAAGUAUGAUUAAGUCCUUUAAGCACCGAUUUGGGAAGAUUUAUUCUGUGUCAAUUUUUGCCAGAUUCCAAAGGGGUACCAUCGCAGAUUUCAACCGAUUUUCCCGAAAUGCCAUUUUAUUUUGAUUUUGAAAUCUACGGAUCACGGAUUCUACCGGAGGCUAUUCUCGACUGAUGGUGAAAUCUAUGGAUCCGGUUCUCCACCGACGAUUAAGUCCAUUAAUAAUCAUUUUGAGGGAAUAACUUUUAGAAUUACAU